GUGAACAGCAUGUCAGACCUCCAGUGGGCCAACAGGAUGCACAGGUACAAGCCACCUGCCACAGAAAGCAACCUGGCCCCAGAGGAUCUGAUCGUGGACUACAUGAACCUGCUGGGAAUGAUCUUCAGCAUGUGUGGCCUCAUGCUCAAGUUGAAGUGGUGUGCCUGCAUUGCUAUUUGCUGUUCCUUCAUCAGCUUUGCCAACUCUCAAAGCUCUGAAGACACCAAGCAGAUGAUGAGCAGCUGCAUGCUCUCCAUUUCUGCUGUGGUGAUGUCCUACCCCCAGAACCCCUGGCCUAUGACACCUCUGUGGUAG